AGGGGGCGCGGGCAGCGCUGCCGGCCCCGCGCCCGGCCCCGCCGGCCGCCCCGCGCCGCGGCGGCUGAGCGGCCGCGCUGCGGCGCCGCCGAUGCUGUCGGUGCCGGUGCCGGUGGCGGGCGCGGGGGCGGCGCGGGGCGCGGGUUCCCUGCCCCGCCGGCGCACCAUGUGCAGCGGCGUCGGCUGCUUCUGGGCGCUGCUCUCCGCCGGCCUCCUGGCCGCCUGCGCCGCCGCGUUCCUCUCCCCGGCCUGGCUGCUGCCGCCCGGCCGCGCCGCCGCCGGCUUCGGGCUGCUCUGGCGCUGCGCCGGGCCGCCCCGCGGCUGCCACGGCUCUGCCGGCCCCGGCGGCUUCGGAGACAUCCCCUCCGGUUCUUGGCAGACGAGCGCUGUGCUGUGUGCAGGCGGCUGCGCCCUGCUGGCCCUCAGCUCACUGCUGGCCAUCAUCGCUGUCCUGCUGCCCGGCGGAGCCUGUGAGAGGCGAGUCUGCACCCUGGCUGGCUACAUGCAGACAGCAGCAGUGUUCAUAAUGGCUUCUGGGCUUUUGGUUUACCCUUUUGGUUUCAACUCUGCUACUGUGAAGAGGUUCUGUGAGAAUUCAGACAUCUACUAUGCAGGAGACUGCCAGAUUGGAUGGGGGUAUAUGCUGGCAAUUGUUGGGGUCAUGUUGUCUGUCUUUUUACCAUUCUUUGCAAAAUAUGCACCAAAAGAGCACAUAUCUCCAACUCCAAUACCUACAAUUUUAUAGUAUUUUAUUACUGUUUAAGAACAGAACAUUCCUGUCUACAGGCAAUGGGCAGAAAUUAUAGCACUUCCAUUUAGCUGUAUGGCUGAAGAGAAAAAAGGAGAUGGGGAAGAGAAGGUCAGAUUCACUAAGACCAAAAGUGCAUUGAUAGUCUUCCGUAAGUACGAGCAGCAAACACUCUGGAAUUGAAAUAAGAUUAAUCAGCAGCCUUUAUACUGCUCUAAACAUAUAGUGGCAUAAUGCCUUAGACAAAAAAAAAUAAAAUAAAAUCUGGUUAUCCUCAAAACAUCUGUCUACCUCCCAGUUUCUUUUGUGUCUCAAAAUUGUAAGUCUUUUAAAAGCUUCAAUUCACUUUUUAUAUAUUAUUAAAUGUCAAAACUUUUAUGAACCCAAUAAUUUUAAAAUCAAUGAUAUUUUGUUACAAUUAUUUUGAUUAGUGAGAAAAGCACCUACUAGUAGCCACAGCCUAAAAUUAAACUUGAUAUCUAAAAAGAGUUGUAUACAAAAAAAAAUAAUUGCUUUUUAAUCUCUAUAUAUUAGUAGUGCCUGCAUAUCAUAAGUUGUUGGCACACUUUUUAAUGCCAAUCUAAUAGUCAAGAUUUAGAGUCAUCUUCAUGAAGACUUGCAUAAAGUUUAGAUUACUUUUUUUAGAAAGAGAUAUCUAACUACUUCCAAAAGCUUCAUGAUGAUUUAAUGGUUUAACAACAGGGGGAAAAUGUUAAGAAUUUGUUUCCAGUAUUUCUUAAAUUAUAAUUUUAGGUGGGCUUUUACAAAAUUAUUUGAACUAUUAAACUUGUAGAUUUUGGUGUUUGUUGUUUGUUUCUUAAGGCUGAAAAGAGAAAACUCUGUUUACAAAAACAUAUGUGCCCGAUGACCCUUAUAUGUAGUGAUAAUACAAGCUAGAAUGAACUAGAUUCUAAUAUUUCCAUUACUAUUAAAAGCCCAUUAUUGUAAAAAAAAAUAGUGAAAUGCUACUGAACACUACUAAUAAGAAUUUGAUGCUGUGUCAGAACUAGCAAAUUGCCAUAUUUCAUGAGUUUGUAUGUGAAUUUUGUGAAGUUUGAUUUCCACAAUAGCACUGAAUUCAUUACUAUCAGCAUUGAAAUAAGUGCACUUGAUUGCCUUAAGCAAAAGAAACAUUGGGUUCUAAUCUCACCCCACUGUUAUGUUUUUCAUUUAAAAUAAAAAUUGAUUUCUAAUUCUAUUCUCAUCUUUUAUUUUCUAUUAUUUAUUAAAAAAGAAAGUAUCACAUAGAUUAUAUUUAAUUCAAAGCUAUACUUUUUAGUUUUGUAUUUUGGCAAAAACCAAGUGAUCAAAUUUAUUAUUCUUCACUUAGCUGAGUCCAACUGAUUCCUGAAUUAUUAUUUUAAUUGAAAGCGUACAUGAAGGGACAGACAGAGACACAUUGAGGAAGUAUAAGAAAAUGCAAACAGAACAAUUGCUGUGUUAUUUUAAUACCUGAAAAAGACUUCUGUAGUCUUGUUUACAUUCCUCACCCUUCUAAACUUCAGUGGAACAUUGCAUUGUUUUCCAAAGUAAUUGUCUGUUGUUGCAUUUUCAUGCACUCUAAAGCAAAUUCUGCACGUAAACUAGCAAGUUCCAUUACUAAUCUUUGAAAAAUACAAUUUCAGUGUAGAAUUAAAUGCACUGAGAAAGAGAGAGAGCACAUGCUAUGCGUUUUUGCUUACAGUGACUAAGGAAUUAAAUCUUCCAAAUAUUUAAGAAAUUAGGUUGAAGGAAUGCCUCUAAAGUAAGAAGAAUAAAUUUCAGUCACUUCUGUAUAGUAAUGUACUUUUCAGUAAUGUCUUAGGCUUUUUUUUUUUUAAUGAAUAGCUGAAAUUGAUGAUUUUCAUCUAAGAGUCAGAAAAGUGAGGAAUAACAAACAACAUGUAAAAAGAAAAUAAUCACCACGAAGUAGAAAGACAGAGAUGCAGGCUUUUCUUUCCUAACCAACCUGUGCCUUUACACUAGAACCAUUAUACAAGACAGGAUCAAUAUGGUUAAAAAAACACAAAACAACCAACAACUGAAAAAUGUUGAGUAAUGUGUAUAAACUGUAUUACGUAGGGUUUCUUCUGUUUUGUGUAAUGUUUACGACUGUUCACU